GUGAUGCAUGGCAACGGCCGUGCGAGUUGGAUUUCCGCCACCACGCCUCACAAUGUGUGCAGGUUUGUUUAGUAAGACGAGGGCGCAAGGCCAAGACAAAGAACAGGUGAUUGGAUCCCUUACUUACGUUGGCUACAAAAUAUCGGGUCUAUAGGUUCUCAUGGCAGGGCGGUAAUUGAGCUGUUUUCUAUGGGCCGGGCGGGCUGGGAUCAGACUACUGCGGCCUCUCAUUGCUGCGUGACCCGUGGAGGGACCCGGGCGGACUCGGUUCAACUCCCAAACAACGUGCGUUUUGGAGUCAACACCACAAGUCAAGAGUCGCUGUUUGGAAACACACACACGGCGCCAGUGGCCGGGUGUGAAACACGGGCCAUGGGGAUCCUACACCGGGCCGUGUUGGACGGCCGUGUACACCAGGUGAGACUACUGGUCUCCAUCGGGGUGAGUCUAGAAGAACGCGACCGGAACGGACUCACCCCGCUCAUGCUCACCUGCUACGUCGACAAGGAAGAAUCCGGACUCCGGAUCGCCAGAAUCCUGGCCCGUUCCGGAGCGUACUUGAACGUGGAUGACCCGAACGGAAUGAACGUUCUCCAUCACGCCUGUAAGGUCGGUAAAUACGGCAUCGUCGCCUUCCUACUCGACCAGGACGCUAUGGUUACCAACAGCCCCGACAAGCUGGGCAACACGCCGCUCAACUACGCUGCUAUCAACGGUAACCCUCAGUUAGUAAAACUCUUAGUGAACAGUUUGACUCGGUACAGGGUCGACAUCGACCACAGGAAUAAGGAAGGCUUCACGGCGCUCCUUCUGGCGACUAAGAACGGGCACUACCAGGCCUCGCAGAUUCUGUUACAGGAGGGCAAGGCGUCCACGAGAGUCAGGGACAACGAGCACUUUCUCAACCCGUCCCAGUGGGCGAAGAAGAGUCACAGCAUCCACGCGAAAUACCUGCGGCAGAAGACGGCAGCGACCCGCCGAAUUAUGACCGGGAGGUUCGGGCCCCACUCCGGCGGGAGCGACAGCGACUGUUCCCGGAGCACGACGUCGUCUCUCUCCGCUUCCGAUCGGUCCGUCUCACCGACAACGAUCGGCGGGGUACGCUCGGAACUACACCUGUCGCUACCGCCUUCACCGAGAAAAACCACCGCUGUUUCCCUGAGUUUCCCCCAGCUGAGACACCAGAGGUUCACCCACAACAACGUCAACACAUCCUGUAGCUUCCAAGAACAACACCUGCGACCCUUACUCACGACGAUACGGCAAAGGAGCGCGAAGGAAGGCCGGCCGUUUUCUUCAAGUACCAUCGCUUCAAAUGCCAGCAUUCCGGCUUCAAGUUCUUCCUCCUCAGCCGUGACUCUCAUAUCAGUGCCGGAGGAAGUCCGAGACGUGGAGAAUAACCAGUUAAGAACGAUAUUCCAGCUGUAUGAGAAGGACUUGAGAUGGAGACCCAAGUCUCUGCCUAUUCCGACCAUCAUCACGCCGCCCCCCUCCCCCCGGCCGCUGAACCCGAUGCAGAGAGAGGGGUCGUUUGUGAGCGUGUUUACGGCGGGAACUGCCUUCACCGCCGCCGGGUCAGCCGCAGGGCUCACGGUAGAAUAAGGACCAAACUGACGACACAUAGACUGGUUUUGGAAAACUAUCAAGAAGUGUAAGGUUUAGAAAUAUUACCAUGGAUAUGGUAAAUGUGUGGCAUCUUUUCAACCAGUGUUAAUGUUUUUCAUUCAUUCAAACACUGCUUCAACAUUAACUGCAGUUUGUUUAUUUUUUUUACCAAACUAGAGGCCAUACUUUACUUGCAAACGCUUUGAUAUCAAAUAUUCUGACAAAUGUAAGAAAAAUUUUAGUGAGAACAUGAAAUUGUGUUAUCAAAUUACACUAAAAAGUGUUGUAUAUAUGUAUACAAUGUACAAUGAUUUCUCAUUGUGAAUAUUUGUGGAAUUUGGAAAACGGCUAGUAUACGUUUUUAAGUGCUUCAAAUGAACUCUAAUAAGUGAAAUAUAUGAUACAUGACAAAUGUGUAUGAACAUGAACUUAUCAAAUAUGUGCAUUAGAUAGCCUAAGGUUUGAUAUGAUGGUCUAGAUGAGACAUUGUGGAAAUAGAUUUUAUUAAUAUCGCACAUGAUCUAAUAUCGAUAUCAGUUCUAGAUAUGAUUAUCCUCAGGGAUGCUGAAUGCACUGGUUUCAAAUGUGUCAAUUGUCAAGUUGACAUUUUGUAGGUUCGUGAAUUAUUUACGCCAAGGUUCGAGUCCACUUUUCUGAUUGCUUGCUGGCUUCAAAGCAAAUCUGAAAAGAUUAAACAGCAGAUUUGUCAUUGU